AUCUUCUAAAUUUAUUGUGUUCCGCCUUUGUUUCGUGUGGUUGCUCGUGAUAAUCGAACCAUCACUACCAUUUUGCUCUCGUUUUUCGAUUUCAUUUUUCAGCCUUUAAAUACUUGCUUCUUUUUAUAAUUAGAAAUCGAAAACUCUUUCGAUUUCCAAUCUCGUUAAUUAGCUAUCUUGAUGAUCUGGCAGAUAAUGGAGAUGUGUAUGCUACCGGACUCAACGACUGUGGACAGCUCGGAAUAUCGGACUCUCGAGAUUAUACAACUGUAUGCUCUAUCUCAUCAUUAUUAAUCUUUUACUCGUUUUUUUUUUUUUUUCCGAGCCUUAUCGAUUUGAUGGUCCUGAUUUUAGGUUUACCGGAGAAUUUUCAUAUGGAAGGUUUUAUUAAGAUUAAGUAAUCUACAUUAAACAAAAAGGAAACAACAGGGCAACAUGUAAAUAUCUCCUAAUUAUGGAGAUUAAACAAAUUAAGAGAUAAACCUUCCUUAUAUGCAUUUAAUUCCGCCACAAAAGGAAACAAAAUUCUGGAUAAAAAAAGAAACAAUUAAGUUAAUUAAUUAAUAUAAACCUUAAAUUAAACCGUGCAAUUAAGGAAACUUAUCCCAUAUUUUGCUUUGCAUCCUUUUUUACAUCAAACCCCUGACUCUAUAAAUAGGCCUAACUAGAACACAUGCAUGCACACACACCUAAAAUCGAACUUUCCGAAUCGCUGAAAAGAAAUAUAAUUCGAUCUACAGUAAUAAUGGGAGCAAAUACCAGCAGUUCUGUAAAGGAGGAACCAACGACUAGGGUUCUUUCGAUUGAUGGCGGUGGAGUUAGAGCCUUAAUCCCACUCGUUAUUCUUGCUAAACUCGAAUCUCAGCUUCAGAAAAUAGACGGUCCACAUGCGAGGAUUGCAGAUUAUUUCGACGUAGUUGCGGGUACAAACACAGGAGCACUAACUGCUGCAAUGCUUACUACACCCAACGAAAAUAAUCGUCCGAUGUUUACUGCACAAGAAAUCAUAGAAUUUUACCUUGACAACUUCCCUAAAAUAUUCCCACAGGGGUAAUUCUUUUUUAUUAUUAUAGUUAUAUAUU